CUUCCCAUGCAUUAUCUAUAUCCAUUUAUCCAUUCCUUUAAUUUCCAGUUUGCUUAGGAAGUUUUGGAAAAGAUUGCUCUAUACCUUGUCCACCAGGGUAUUAUGGUAGAGGAUGUGAAGAAAAAUGCUUCUGUAAAGAAUGUGACAGAAUGAAUGGGUCAUGCAAGGAGCAAACAGAAACGGUUUGUAUCGGAGGUUUUGGAGUAAAUUGUUCAAUCCCCUGUCCUCGUGGUUAUUAUGGCAGAGGAUGUGAAGAAAAGUGCUUGUGUGAGGAAUGUGAUAGAAUAAACGGGACAUGUAAGGACCAAUCAGAUACAGUUUGUAUCGGAGGUUUUGGAGUAAAUUGUUCAAUUCCCUGUCCUCGUGGUUAUUAUGGCAGAGGAUGCGAAGAAAACUGCUUGUGUGAGGAAUGCGACAGCAAAACAGGUUCUUGUAUUGAACAAAUAACAACAGUGAGCCUAGAAUUUUUUGAUACAUAUUGUUCAAAACUUUGUCCUUCUGAAGAUAACGGGCGAGGAUGUGAAGAAAAAUGCAAUUGUGAGGCCUGUGAUUGUACAGGUUUUAAUAAUUGUACCAACAAUAUUGCAACAGGUAGGGUAUUCUUAUAAUAACAACACAAUUCAAUAUUUAUCUGAUAAAAUCUGAUAAAGUAUUUUCCAGGCCCCUGGAUCAUGAAAAAUCUCAAGAUUAAGUCAACAAAAUCUUGUACAUAAAUGAUGUAGAAGUCAGAAAGCCUAAAAUAAUAUUGGUUUAAAAUAUUGUUUUACAAAAGUGGUGUUAUUUACAAAAUUAAAGAUUAAUUAGAUAAAAAUUAAUAUCUUGUAAGAUAUUGAAAAUUUGACUCAUGUCUAAGUCUGAGGCACGAUCCUGGGACCAGAAAUUAAAGAUGUAUAAUAAUUAUGUUUUCAAGCGAGUUUCAUUCAUUACGUAU